GAGCUUUUUUCCUCCCAUAAGCCACUGGGCUCCGCGGCCCUGUAGUCUGUUGCGAAGGUCGUGCGGAAGACGCAGUGUCAGCGCUUCCCUCUCUUGCAGGCCUCUUGGCGACAUGUUGGGUGUUAGCGUUCGCCGGUUCGCCACCUCGGCCGUUCGUCGUUCACACUAUGAGGACGGGCCGGGAAAGAACCUUCCUUUUUCUAUUGAGAACAAAUGGCGAUUAUUGGGAGUGAUGUCGCUGUUCUUGGGAAGUGGAUUUUUUGCUCCCUUUCUUCUAGUAAGGCAUCAGCUGCUCAAGAAAUAAACAUGCUAUAACAGAUUGAUGAUGAAGCUUGUCUAGAGUACAGCUUUCUUUUCUGGAAGAAAUUGUUCAACUGAAAUGAACCAUACUGGAUGUGCUUGUAAAUAAAAGUUAAAUUGAAAAUACA